AUUCUUCUUCUUCUUUAUAGGUACUUCUUUUUCUUUUUAGUAUUGGUUAACCUCUUUUUUCUCACAUGUUAUGCAAUGCACUUAAUAUAAUUUGAUACUUCCAAUAGCUUGGUUUAAGGAAUAUACAAAAACCUUAAUUCUUAUGAAAAAUGAGAAAUGAGAGUCUAAUAAAAGGACGGAGAGAGUAGUAAUAAGAAUAAGUCAAUUAGGUAAAGCAAAAUUAAAUUGCAUGCUCCCACUAAUUCAUCUCCCACGAUUCCUCACACUUCCAUAUCCAACCUCAAAAAAAAAAAAAAAAAAAAAAAAAAAAAAAAAAAAAAAAAAACUUAAAUAACAACAGAGCUGACGUCAUCUGCCACGUGUCCACGAACCAACCGGCUACCGACAAAUUCCCAUCUCAUACGGCGCACAAAUCUAACGUGAGCCGCCCUUCCGCCAUAUUUAUACUCUCUUCUCCACUUCCUCUUCUCCCAUUUUCUUCCCUCUUUCUCUUUGUCUCUCUCUCCUCCGCCAUUUCUGGAAUUUUCUUCCUCAUUUAGAUUUCUACUACUUUAUAUCAUCUUCAUUUACUUCAUUGCAUGAACAUUUGUAAGUUUUUCUCUCUCUUCUCUUAUCUUCAAUCUGCUUACUUCCUAUCACCUUGAUUGCUUGAAUUUGAUCAAGUUCUUGCAUUGAUAGUGUAAAUAUUUCAAAUUUUUAAGAUACCCUUUGAAAAACUGUGAUUAAUUUGUGUAAUUUCUGCUUGAUUUGCUCAAAUUUGUACUUCAUUUGAGUUUGUAAAUCAAUUUUAUACUGAUUGUGAAGAAAUCCCAUCUGGGUUUUGAUGAUUAGGUAGUGAAUUUUAGUGGGUUUAUCGUUGUUUUAUGGAUUGUGUUAGUAAAUUGAUUAAAGGGGAAGUUAGGGUUUUGGGAUUGGGAUCUGGUGGUGAAAGGUGGUGUUGGGGUGUGUGAUGAGACGGCGUUGGACGGUUGGAUCAUUUCCGUAUCAAAUGGAGAAAGGGAAUGUAAAGAAUCAUAGUAAAAGGCUUUGUGUAUUGAGUUCAUUGUGUGUGUUGUUUUGGAGUUUGUUGUUGUAUUUUCAUUUUGUUGUUUUAGGAGGUAGUACUGUGAAUGAGUCAAAUUCGUUGCAAUCGAAUCCGAUUAGAAUCGAAUCGUUUCAUCCUGUACCUAUUGAACCUACCCAUGUUCCGGUUUCGAGUAAUGUUGUAAAGUCAACUAGUGAUGGUAAUGAGAAUGAGGUGAUUGAUGAUCCCUCCAAGGUGCCAUUACCGGAUGAGUCUGAGCCGUCUGAGGGGAGUGGCAAUGGUGGUGCAAAUGAGGGGGGUAAUGAUGAGGUUGAGGUUGAGCGUGAGGAGGUUUCGUCUGUGAGUAAUCGUAAAAUAGAUGUUGGAUCGAAGACUAGUGAUCCUACUCCUAAGGAUGAGGUAGUCCCUAAGGUUGAAUCUCCUCCAGAGUUUCCAUUUAUGAGUGCAUUGAAGACGGCUGAGAAUACGAGUGAUCCUUGUGGUGGGAGGUACAUUUAUGUUCAUGAUCUUCCCCCGAAGUUCAAUGAUGAUAUGCUUAAGGAGUGUAGGAGCUUGAGUCUUUGGACUAAUAUGUGCAAGUAUACCACCAAUGCUGGUCUUGGUCCUCCACUUGAGAAUAUAGAGGGGGUGUUCUCGGAAACUGGGUGGUAUGCAACGAAUCAGUUUGCGGUGGAUGUGAUCUUCAAUAAUCGGAUGAAGCAGUAUGAGUGCAUUACAAAGGAUUCUUCAAUUGCUGCAGCAAUAUUUGUACCCUUCUAUGCUGGGUUUGAUAUUGCCAGGUAUCUUUGGGGCUACAAUAUAUCGAGAAGGGAUGCUGCUUCACUGGAAUUGGUUGAUUGGCUGAUGAAAAGGCCAGAGUGGAAAAUAAUGGAUGGAAGGGAUCAUUUUCUAGUUGCAGGAAGAAUCACUUGGGACUUCAGACGAUUAUCGGAAGAUGAAAAUGAUUGGGGUAGCAAGCUUCUAUUUUUGCCUGCUGCUAAGAACAUGUCAAUGUUGGUGGUAGAAUCUAGCCCCUGGAAUGCAAAUGAUUUUGCUAUACCAUAUCCUACCUACUUCCAUCCUGCAAAGGAUGCUGAUGUGUUUGAUUGGCAAGAUCGGAUGAGGAAGCUAGAUAGAAAAUAUCUUUUCUCUUUUGCUGGGGCGCCUAGACCUGGGAAUCCGAAAUCAAUUAGAGGUCAAUUAAUUGAUCAAUGCAGGAGCACAAAGGCGUGCAAGCUUUUGGAAUGUGAUUUUGGAGAGAGUAAGUGUCAUUCUCCAAGUAGCAUUAUGAAGAUGUUUCAGAGUUCCCUAUUCUGCCUACAACCUCAAGGGGAUUCAUAUACUCGGAGAUCAGCUUUUGACUCAAUGUUGGCAGGUUGUAUACCUGUGUUUUUCCAUCCUGGUUCAGCAUACACCCAAUAUACAUGGCAUCUCCCUAAGAAUUUCUCAAGUUAUUCUGUGUUCAUUUCCGAGAAUGAAGUUCAUAAGAAUAAUCUCAGCAUUGAGGAAACUUUACGGAAAAUACCUCCUCAACAGGUGGAGAUAAUGAGAGAGGCAGUCAUCAAGCUCAUACCCAGUUUGAUAUAUGCUGAUCCUCGCUCCAAGUUAGAGACCCUUUCAGAUGCCUUUGACGUAUCUGUGCAGGCAGUUAUAAACAAGGUUACAAGGUUGAGAAAGAACAUCAUUCAAGGGAGGACAGAAUAUGAUUACUUUAUCGAGGAAAAUAGUUGGAAAUAUGCCCUUCUAGACGAAGGCCAAAGAGAAGUUGGAUAUCACGAGUGGGAUCCUUUCUUCUCUAAGCCUAAAGAAGGUGAAGGGGACUCAAAUGGUGCUUCUGCGGAAGCUGCAAAGAGUUCAUGGAAGAACGAGCAAAGAAGUCAAACGAGAAAGAGAAGCUCCUUAUAGUUUUUUCUAAUUAAUGGCUAGAUUCAUACAACUGACACUGUGGAGCCCUGAAGAAAUGAACAAGCUUCAAUUAGCUGAGGUAAAAGUGGCUUCACAUCAGAACUUUUCGCUUAGGAUUAUCAGGCAUAUCAUCUUGUUCAAAUUGUUCAAACAUCAUAUUUUGUUGUUCGAUAGGAUACUUACAUUCUACUGCACGAUUUUGCGUAGUGAUACAUAAAAUGUAGUAUGAUACAUACAUUCCUAUGUAAUGCAUUUUACUUAGCCAGAACUAUAUUUUCAUUUAAUGGUUCAGAGCAUUGGCACUUAUAUGCAUUUUCUUCAAUAAUCUUGUCAUUGUUGAUUAUGAAAUACUCUGUAUAGAUUGAUAUGCCUCUAAUCAUUACAGUGCAACAUUAUUGUCAUAUUGGUAUAAAAAAAAAUACGAGUAUUUUCUUGGUUGGUUUA